AUGGGUUUGGUGAUGAUAAUGGCUGGUAUUCUGUUAAUAAUGGUGAUGACUCAAACAAGCAUGGCUGCACAGAACUAUGGAGAAGCAUUAUCAAAAAGCAUUUUGUUCUUCGAAGGGCAAAGAUCAGGGAAGUUACCAGCAAACCAAAGGAUGACUUGGAGGAAACAUUCAGCUCUCAAAGAUGGAAACCUUAAACAGGUGGACCUAGUGGGAGGAUACUAUGAUGCAGGAGACAAUGUUAAAUUCAACUUCCCAAUGGCAUUUUCAACAACAAUGUUGGCUUGGAGUGUGAUAGAGUUUGGAGAAUUCAUGGGUGUAUCAGACUUGAAAUACGCAUUGGACGCUAUUCGUUGGGGCACAGACUAUCUGAUGAAAGCCACAAGUGUUCCUGGGAUUGUCUUCGCAGUGGUGGGUGACCCUAAUGCUGACCAUAAUUGCUGGGAGAGACCUGAAGAUAUGGACACUUCAAGAAGAGCCUUUGCUGUGAGUAAGAAGUUCCCUGGAAGUGAAGUUUCUGGGGAGAUUGCUGCUGCACUUGCUGCUUCUUCCAUUGUGUUCGAAAAGCAUCACCUUGGGUAUUCUUCAAGGCUCCUCAAUAGGGCUAGAAUGGUUUUUGAGUUUGCCGAUAAGCACAGAGGAUCAUAUAAUGACAGCCUUGGACCUUGGGUUUGCCCUUUUUAUUGUAAUUUCGGAGGCUACCAGGAUGAAUUGGUGUGGGGAGCGGCAUGGUUGUUCAAGGCUACUAAUCUCCCUAAAUAUUGGGACUAUGUCAACAGAGAAAUUCACAAUCUGAACAACUUUGGUGAAUUUGGUUGGGACACAAAGGAUGCUGGCAUCAAUGUUCUUAUUUCUAAGUUUCUAAUAAAUAGUUCAUCGGCUGCUAGUAAGCCUUUCAUCACCGAUGCAAAUAAGUUUGUAUGUGCUGUGCUUCCUGACUCACCUGCUGCGUCCGUCUCAUACUCUCCAGGUGGGCUUUUAUUCAAGGCUAGAGGAAGUAACAUGCAGCAUGCAACUUCAUACUCUUUUCUGUUUCUGGCUUAUGCUUCCUACUUGAAAGAAUCAAACUCAAAUAUUAAUUGUGGCCAUGUCCUUGUUACUCCAGAAAGGCUUAUCCAAUUUGCAAAAAGCCAGGUGGAUUACAUACUUGGAAACAACCCAUUGAAAAUGUCAUACAUGGUGGGAUAUGGAUCAAAAUACCCUCAAAGAAUACAUCAUCGAGCUUCGUCCUUGCCUUCUUUAGAUACCCAACCAAAUCACAUAACUUGCAAAGGAGGCUCCUCUUAUUUUGAAACCCAAAACCCUAACCCUAAUUUGCUUGUGGGUGCGGUGGUUGGAGGACCUGAUUUCACAGAUUCUUACUCUGAUUCUCGGCUUCAUUUUAUUCACUCUGAACCUACCACUUACGUGAAUGCUCCUCUUGUGGGAGCUUUGGCUUACUUCAAAUCACAUUCGUUAUCCUAG